AUGUCGCUCCUUUAUACUAUCCUUCUAUUCACACAACUCUUAUUAUUACCAACUAAUGCCUUUGAUGGCUCCGCUAAUACAAACAUUGCUGUCUACUGGGGUCAAAAUUCAGCCGGAACCCAAGAAUCCUUAGCUACGUACUGUCAAUCUUCUGAUGCUGAUAUUUUCCUAUUAUCUUUCCUGAACCAAUUCCCAACGCUUGGCUUGAACUUUGCCAACGCAUGCUCUGAUACCUUUUCGGACGGCUUACUUCAUUGUACCCAAAUUGCCGAAGAUAUUGAGACUUGCCAAUCCUUAGGCAAGAAAGUUCUUUUGUCGUUAGGUGGUGCAUCUGGUAGUUACCUAUUUUCGGAUGAUUAUCAAGCGGAGACUUUCGCUCAAACUUUGUGGGACACUUUCGGCGAUGGUACUGGUGCUAGCGAACGUCCAUUUGGGUCAGCCGUUGUCGAUGGUUUUGAUUUUGAUAUUGAAAACAACAACAAUGUUGGUUACAGUGCCUUAGCGGCCAGAUUGAGAACUUUAUUUGCCGAAGGUACCAAGCAAUAUUACCUCUCUGCAGCUCCACAAUGCCCAUACCCAGACGCUUCCGUUGGUGACUUGUUAGAGAAUGCCGACAUCGAUUUUGCAUUCAUUCAAUUCUAUAAUAAUUACUGUGGUGUCAGUGGUCAAUUCAAUUGGGACACCUGGUUAAAUUACGCCCAAACAAUAUCCCCAAAUAGGGAUAUAAAGCUGUUCCUAGGUUUACCUGGUUCUGCUUCAGCUGCUGGCUCUGGUUAUAUUUCUGAUACUUCCAUAUUGGAAUCUACUAUUGCGGAGAUUACCUCAUCAAGUUCAUUCGGUGGUAUUGCAUUAUGGGAUGCAUCUCAAGCUUUUUCCAAUCAACUGAAUGGCGAGCCAUAUAUUCAAGUUUUGAAGGACUUAUUAACAGAUGCUAGAUCUGCCACGCCUUCUUCUGUUACUACUUCAGAAGCCCCAGCUACCUUGAGUUCAACUACCUCUACUUUUCAAAAAAAGACCUCCCAAUCUAUGGCAACUACACAGAGUAGGAGUAAAGUCACAUUAUCCCCAACUACCGGUGGUGACAGAAUAUCAACUACUAAAACCAGAAACACUUCCACAAGUACCACUAAGGCAAAAACUAGCAGAAGUACCACCACAUCAAACAGUUUUUCGAGUGCAGUUACGACCACAAGUUUAUCUCCUCAAACAACGAGCGCAACCGUGAUAAAGCCUCAGAAAACUACUACAAGUACUCUUUCCCCAACAACGACGAGUUCCGCUGCAGUAACGCCCCAGACAACCACUACAAGUACUCUUUCUCCAACAACGACGAGUUCCGCUGCAGUAACGCCCCAGACAACCACUACAAGUACUCUUUCUCCAACAACGACGAGUUCCGCUGCAGUAACGCCCCAGACAACCACUACAAGUACUCUUUCUCCAACAACGACGAGCUCUACUGCAGUAACGCCCCAGACAACUACUACAAAUACUCUUUCCCCAACUACGACGAGCACAAACUCAGAUAAUGCAGCCCGUACAAUGGCCAAAGACUUAAAUGCUCAAUACUCAGCUGGUCAGUUGAAUGGCAAAUCUACUUGCAGUGAAGGUGAAAUUGCAUGUUCUGCCGAUGGAAAAUUUGCUAUUUGCGAUCAUAGCACUUGGAUUUAUAUGGAAUGUGCUUCAGGAACCACAUGUUAUGCUUAUGAUUCUGGUGAUUCAGUGUACACCCAGUGUAACUUCUCCUAUUUGGAGAGUAAUUACAUCUAA